AUGAAUUUGGAUAAGGCUCUUGUUGUUAGAAACCUCGAUAUUGAGUUUGUGAAGGAUCUAAUUCUUCAGGGAGAAGGGUGGAAUAUGGAUAAGUUAAAGUUGUAUUUUGAUGCAACUUCGGUCGAUAAAAUCCUCAGAACCCCAGAACCAAAGACCACUGAGCAUGCAUUGUUGCUAUGUCCCUGGACAAGGGCAGCUUGGUUUGGAGCACAAAUUCAAUGCUGUCCUACGGCCCUAACAGUUUCUUCUUUUAGGAAGUGGAUGAUGGAACUUCUAGGAAAAAUGAGGCUAAAUGCAGGGGCUAAUUAUGAUCUUUGCAGUAGUAAGGUUGGUUUUCUAGUUUGGGAGGUGUGGAAAGCGAGAAAUCUAGCAAUAUAUCAGAAGACCAAUCCUAAUCCUAUAAUGGUGAUUUGCAAAGCUAAACUAACGAGAUCAGGCAGCAGGGUUACCUGGAGACCACCACUGCAAGGUUGGAUCAAAUGCAACGUUGAUGUAGCAUUCGUUGGAGCUCAAUCUGUGGGUGCUACGGCAGUAGUAUUCAGAGACCAUAAUGGUACCCUUCUCUCAGGAAUCAACUCCACCAUAAUUGCGGCCUCACCAUUGGCUGCGGAGGCAUUAGCGAAGGUUAUCAUAGAAUCAGAUAAUCAAAUACUCAUUCAGGCACUAAAGUCACAUGCAUCAAUUGCAGAAAUUCAAGUUGUACUAGAUGACAUACUACAUUUAGCAAGAGGCAUUCCAAAUUAUGGUUUUACCUGGAUGCCCAGAGAAGCAAACUCAUUAGCGCAUGAAGUGGUGAAACUCACAGGUCAGGGAACUCUCCACCAAACUUAG